ACCUUGGACCGCAUCAAGGAGGAAUUCCAGUUCCUGCAGAACCAAUACCACAGCUUGAAGUUAGAAUGUGAAAAGCUGGCAACAGAAAAAACAGAAAUCCAGCGUCAUUAUGUCAUGUACUACGAGAUGUCCUACGGCCUGAACAUAGAGAUGCACAAACAGACGGAGAUUGCGAAGCGGCUCAACGUGAUCUGCGCUCAGCUCAUCCCGUUCCUGUCUCAGGAGCACCAGCAGCAGGUGGUCCAGGCCGUGGAGCGUGCGAAGCAGGUGACUAUGACCGACCUGAACGCGGCGAUUGGGCACCAGCUCCAGACCCAGCACCUCUCACACCACGCUCCCCCCAUCCCGCUGACUCCCCACCCCUCCGGGAUGCAGCCCACUGGCCUCGCAGGCAUCGGCAGCACCUCGGGGCUGCUGGCACUCUCGGGGGCGCUGGGGGCUCAGGCCCAGCUCCUCGCCAAAGAUGACCGAGGAGUCCACGACACCGAGCCCAGGGGUGAGCGUGGGGGGACAGGAGCCAGGGGGGAGUCUGGUAGCUCCCUGGCACUGCCCAAUGGUGAACGGGCACGAGCCAUCUCCGAGUACCUGAGCAGCAGCAAGAAGAGGAAGGUGGAGGAGAAGGACUUUGUUACAGACUAUGGCAGCGACGCAGACAAAAGCGAAGACAACUUGGUGGUGGAUGAGGACCCCUCUUCCCCGCACAGUGUCCACUCCUACUCGUCCCGGGAGAACGGGGUGGAGAAGGUCCCACUGGGGAGGAAGGAAGCCGUACCACUCAGCCCGACCUCCAUGGCCUCCUCGAGCAGCACGUCCCCGUCGCGGAGCAAGGAUGCACCCAUGGUGGAGAAGGCAGGGACACCCAGCCUGAAGUCCAGCACCCCCACCUCUCAGGGUGACGCCGCGGCCCCAGGCUCCAGCAGUGCCCAGCAGUUUCGCCCCGCUGCCACCAAGGCCCCUGUGGACCCACUGGGUGAGCUUGCCCUGGGCCUGAGGAACCCGCUGGGAGUGCAGAGCGCCUACUCGGCUGCCUUCGGCAUGGCCCACCCCACGGUUAACGGGGACAUGGCCGGGACCGGUGCCUAUGCCAGCCUCCACCUCAUGUCCCCACAGCUCAAUGGGGCUGCGGCCACCGUGGGAGCCGGCAGCUACGGGCGCUCCCCCCUGGUGGGCUACGAUCCGCACCCCCACAUGCGCGUCCCAGGGCUGGCGGCUGGCAUGCAAGUGGGGACCUCAGGGAAACCCGCCUAUUCCUUCCAUGUCAGCGCUGACGGGCAGAUGCAACCGGUGCCUUUCCCACCCGACGCCCUCAUCGGCUCCGGCAUCCCCCGCCAUGCACGGCAGCUCCACACCCUGACCCAUGGUGAGGUGGUCUGUGCCGUCACCAUCAGCAACUCCACGCGACAUGUCUACACUGGGGGCAAGGGCUGCGUGAAGGUGUGGGACGUGGGGCAGCCGGGCACCAAGACAGCCGUGGCUCAGCUGGACUGUUUGAACCGUGACAACUACAUCCGCUCCUGCAAGCUGCUCCCCGAUGGCCGGAGCCUGAUUGUGGGGGGGGAGGCCAGCACCCUCUCCAUCUGGGACCUGGCGGCCCCCACGCCACGUAUCAAGGCUGAGCUCACCUCCUCUGCCCCCGCCUGCUACGCCCUGGCCAUCAGCCCCGAUGCCAAAGUCUGCUUCUCCUGCUGCAGUGACGGCAACAUCGUGGUGUGGGACCUGCAGAACCAGACCCUGGUCAGGCAAUUUCAAGGCCACACAGAUGGUGCCAGCUGCAUCGACAUCUCUAAUGAUGGCACCAAGCUGUGGACAGGGGGGCUGGACAAUACAGUGCGGUGCUGGGACCUGCGGGAGGGGCGUCAGCUGCAGCAGCACGACUUCAGCUCCCAGAUCUUCUCCCUGGGGUACUGCCCGACGGGAGAGUGGCUGGCGGUGGGCAUGGAGAGCAGCAACGUGGAGAUCCUGCACGUGACCAAACCAGACAAGUACCAGCUGCACCUCCAUGAGAGCUGUGUCCUCUCCCUCAAAUUUGCUUCUUGCGGGAAAUGGUUCGUGAGCACAGGGAAGGACAACCUGCUGAAUGCCUGGCGGACGCCCUAUGGAGCCAGCAUCUUCCAGUCAAAGGAAACCUCCUCUGUCCUCAGCUGCGAUGUCUCCACGGAUGACCAGUUCAUUGUGACUGGCUCAGGGGACAAGAAAGCUACGGUUUACGAGGUCAUUUACUGA